GAAGACCAAAAAAAUUAUAAACAAUUUAGUAAUGAAAAAAAAAACUUUUACAUUGAUUAUUUUGUGAUGACUCAUUCUCUAUAUUUAGUUUCAGCUUUAGAACAUAUCGUUGGCUGCAUUCCAUGGUCUACGCCAUCAAUGAGAUCAACGGCAAUCCCAACCUGCUCCCCAAUGUGACCUUGGGCUACAGUCUGUAUGACUCCUGUGAUGUCAUCCCCCGGGGCAUUGAAGGUGUUAUGUGGCUGGUCUCCGGCCAGGAUGAAGUGGUUCCAAAUUACCGCUGUAAUACUAAAGCUCCCUUGGCAGCAGUCAUUGGAGAUGGAGCAUCAUCUGUUUCAAUCCCCAUGGCCAUUCUGCUUGGAAUAUACCGCUAUCCUCAGAUUAGCUACUUUGCAACAGCUCCAGCUCUGAGCAACAAGCAUGAAUUCCCAUCUUUCUUCCGCACUAUUCCGACUGACAUGGUCCAAGGUAUAGGGUUGGCACAGCUGGUUAAUUAUUUUGGGUGGUCAUGGGUGGGUAUACUGACUGAUGACGAUGACUAUGGACAAGGCAUUGCUGCAGUUUUUAUGAAGGAAGCACAGGCUUCUGGAAUAUGUGUUGAAUUCUUGGAGCGAGUGCCAAUACUCUACUCUGAAGAGCGAACACGCCACAUAGUAGAAGUCAUCAAGGCAUCUACUGUCAAUGCUAUUGCAGUCUUCUCUUGGGAGGCCUACCUUUAUCCUGUCAUUAAAGAGAUUGAUAGGCAGAAUAUUACUGGGAAAAUCUGGAUUGGAAGUGAGUCCUGGUCUUCUUCUCCAGUGUUAUCCAAGAAUCAGAUUUUCAAGAUGCUGACUGGAAGUAUAGGAUUUGCAAUUCACAGAGGGGAUAUCCCUGGGUUCAAAGAGUAUCUGCUUAGUAUACACCCAUUCAAAUCUGCUAAUGAUAUAUAUGUUAAGCUUUUCUGGGAAGAGGCUUUUAAUUGCAAGUGGACCACCUCUAUUGGAGGUCUUGAAGCAGAAAAUGGACAAAAACUCUGCAAUGGAAAGGAACAGCUAGCCAAACUGGAUAACAUUUUUUUGGAUGUGACUAAUUUACGGAUGACCUACAAUACCUACAAUGCCAUUUAUGCUGUGGCGCAUGCACUGCAUGAUCUGAACUCCUGCAUACCUGGGAAAGGUCCCUUUAAAGAGCAGUCAUGUGCAAAUAUUACAGAUUUUGAACCAUGGCAGGUAACUUGAUUAG